UGUCUAGUCAAGCGUUAGGGUGGUAACACACUGAGUAAAAUUAAUAUUUUUUAUUAAUUUCAUAUUUCGUUUUACACUUUUACAUUUAGUAUUUAUAAACUAAAAUGUCACUUUUAAGCAAACGUUCGACGCGAAAAACGUUAAGAAAAUCUAAAUCUAAAUCAAUCGAACAUGAAUAUUCUAUGCAAGAUUUACCGUCUUUGCGUCGAAAGCGAACAAUUUCUAUUAAACGAUUGAACAAAGCUUUGGAAGUUGGUCAAUUAGCGACAAGCGACCCUUCUCAGCGCGAUUUGUUCUUUUCUUAUCACCAAGAUAUUAAACAAAUAGCAGAAACAUUUGAAUACGCACACUUCAACAUAUUGGAACUUUUAGAUGAUACGGACGACCUGGAUUCUUGUAUACAGGAGCAAUUUGAUGACACUUAUUACAAAAUCGAAUCUAUUUACCGUACCUUAACUCGGAGCGAGGAUGCUGAAUUACAGCAAUCGAAAAGCGUCUCGUCAUCGUUCAAUAUUCGGUUGCCAAAAAUAACGCUUCCUACUUUUUCUGGUAACAUCAAACAAUGGCCAGAGUACUUUGAUACAUUUAAUGCUUUAAUUCAUAAUUCAUCUUCACUCACCGACACGGAAAGGUUUCACUAUUUGGUAUCAUCUCUUAGCGGCGACGCAUUGUCCAUAGUUAAAGCAUUCCCAUUAACUCACGAGCAUUAUAAUGAUGCGUACCAAGCCUUAUGCGGCAGGUAUAAAAAUAAACGCGAUCUUGCUUUUACUUGUUGGCGCGAAAUCCUUAAUAUUGAGUUUAAAUCUAAAGAUGCAAGGGAAUUUCGUAAAUCGCUUGAUAUAAUGGACGAAAACUUAAGUAUUUUGAAAACUAUUAACUUACCGGUUCAAAAUUGGAACUUUGUUUUGGUCUAUCAUUUAUUAUCAAAAUUAGAUACAACCAUGCGUCGUAGCUUUGAAGAAAAGUAUUGUGAUAUCGAGUUUCCAACGUAUGACCAGUUGAAACUAUUCUUGCAAUCUAAAUGUGAAGCUUUAAUACGUGAUACACAUUUUUUAGAGCCAUCGAAAUCGAAGCCUAUUCAAAAUUCAAUAAAACGCCCUAGUGUGUCGCACACCUUAGUGGCUGCGAACGAUAACCGGCCUGCAACUUCGAGUGAUAACGUAAAACCCAUUCAGAAGUGUUCAUAUUGCAAUGAUACACAUUCAAUCUCAUCGUGUUCUGAGUUUCGUAAAAAAUCUAUCGAUGAACGUAUGAAAAUAGCUGAAGAAAAGAAAUGGUGCUAUAAUUGCUUAAAGUCAUCUCAUCAAAUCAAGAAUUGUAAUUCUUUCUUUACUUGUCGAUUUUGUAAGCGUAAACAUCAUACUUUGCUUCACCGCGAUAAGUCCGAUGCGCCCAGUGUGUCAUCAUCUUUAUUCACAAGAUCGCAGUCGAAGCCUACUGUUCUACUAGCCACCGCUAUUGUGCAGGUGAAGGACGCUCACGGCGACUUGCAAUCUUUUCGUGCACUUUUUGACACGGGAAGCCAAAGUAACUUUAUAACGGAAUCGGCUGUUAAGCGUUUGCAAUUGGUACCUACUCAAACUUCAGUUAGUGUUAGCGGACUCGGAGAUGCUUGUGCACCUAUUAACGGUGACGUCACUUGUUGCGUAGGCACAAACAAUAAAAUUGUUUACACAUUGAACAUGCAUGUAAUUUCUAAAAUAUGUAGCGAUCAACCUAUAGCUCAAUUAAAUACAUCUCGAUGGUCGCACAUUAAAUCGAUUACUUUAGCGGAUCCUAGUUUCGAUAUUCCCGGACCGAUUGAUAUAUUGUUUGCUGCUGAUGUUUUUGCCGAAUCGCUGUUAGGACAGCAAAUCAAGGGAAGUCAAAAUCAACCUACGGCUUUUAAUUCGAUUUUCGGUUGGCUUCUCCUUGGUAAAACGUUUUUAAAUACUAGCACGGCAUUACUCACACAUACGUUAUCAUUCGGUAUCGAUCACGAGUUAAACUCGUUAGUGAAACGGUUUUGGGAACUAGAUAACGUACCUAAAGCAACUUCAUUGACACCGGAAGAACAGUUAUGCGAAAAUAAGUUUGUCACCGAGCACGAGCGUGACACUUCCGGUAGAUAUAUCGUUAAAUAUCCGUUCAAGGAUGAUUCUGAUCCUAUGUUUCAAGGUUCUCGCGAGGUGGCGUUACGACGGUUUCAUGCGAUUGAAAAAAGACUAUCUCGUGACAAUGAAUUAUACACUCAAUAUCGCGAAUUCAUGUCAGACUAUAUCGAGUCCAAUCACAUGUCACUAGUGCCACUCGAUCAAAUGGGCAGGGGUAAAUAUUACAUCCCACAUCACUGUGUCUUACGUCCUGACUCCACAACGACACGUCUUCGCGUUGUGUUCGAUGCGUCUGCAAAAGACUUAAACGCUCGUUCUUUUAAUGACACGCAAUUAAUCGGUCCAAAGUUACAACCCGACAUUUUUAAAAUUCUUUUAAACUUUCGACAACAUCAAAUCGUCGUCAUGGCUGAUGUUCGCCAAAUGUAUCGGCAGAUUUUAGUUUCGCCUGAUCACCGAGAGUAUCAACGUAUUCUCUGGAGACCGUCGCCCAGCGACGUGCUUCGAGAGUAUCGUUUGAAUACGGUCACUUACGGUGUCGCUUCAUCUCCUUAUCUCGCUUGCCGUACUUUGCGACAGCUUGCUGAUGAUGAAGGAGAUGCAUAUCCUCUGGCGAAACAAAUCAUUAAAUCGCACGUGUAUGUCGACGAUGUGGUUUGCGGAUUUGACAGCUUUGACGUUGCUCAAGAAGCAAAGACGCAACUUAUCAAACUUUUUAACUUGGGUCGUUUUGAAUUGCGGAAGUGGGUUAGCAACGAACCGCAGCUCUUGUCUGAUUUGCCCAUUGAACUACACCUACAAGGUUCAGUAUCUCUUGACCAAGCGGAACCCUCGCCGUUGAAGGUUCUCGGCCUUAAAUGGGACCCUUCAUCCGAUUCUUUUCUUUUCUCAGUAAAACCUGAAAUUAAACCGUGCACAAAACGUUCUAUUCUAAGCGAACUCGCUCGGAUUUUUGAUCCCCUCGGCUUUCUUUCACCAAUCACAAUCCAAGCUAAAUGCUUGAUCCAAAAACUUUGGAUUCUCGGUGUAGAUUGGGACGAAACGCCACCUAUCGAAGUCGUCCGUUCAUGGACUUCUUAUUCCGAUCAACUUCCGAAUCUUACUCGUCUUCGUAUACCACGCAAACUUACCUGUUCGAAUUCAAAAUCGUAUGAACUGCAUGGCUUCUGUGACAGUUCCGAGAUCGCUUAUGGCGCUGUCAUUUACUUACGCACAGUUGAUGAGACUGGUAACGUUAAAGUUUUUUUUGUUUGCUCUAAAGCUCGAGUAGUUCCUCUGAAACGUAUUCCAUUGCCUCGAUUGGAGCUUUGCGCUGCAGUUUUAUUAGCUGACCUAUACAAAUAUGUUCGUGACACUUACCUUUCUGACAUUCCCAUCAAUUCAGUUUUCUUGUGGUCAGAUGCUACGAUCGUUUUGUCCUGGCUUCGUUCCCAUUCUUCUCGAUGGACCACUUUUGUAGCAAAUCGUGUAAGUCACAUACAAGAAAUCGCACCUUCUGAAUGUUGGCACCACGUUUCUUCUGGAGACAAUCCAGCUGACAUCUGUUCUCGCGGACUUCUUCCUAAUGAAAUUUUAAAUAAUUCCUUAUGGUGGGCGGGACCGUGUUGGCUGUCACAGGAGAAAGAGUCGUGGCCUUCUCAUUCUCUUGCUUUAUCAAAGCAGGACGAGGAUCUUGUACAGGCUGAAUCUCGCAAGUCAGUGGCAUUAGUGACGGGAAAUGUAAAUGAAAGCGACAAUUUUAACGUUUUAACCGACUUGACGAACAGAUUUUCAUCUUUACAAAAACUUUUAAACGUUCUAUCGUAUGUUAAUCGAAACCAACUUGCAUCGUUAAUGCAAGAUGCUUCACAAGCGGAGAAGAUUGAGUUCAAAUUCAAUCCUCCCUCGGCUCCCCACUUCGGAGGUGUUUGGGAGAUACAAAUAAAAGCGGCUAAAAGUCAUUUAUAUCGGGUCGUUGGCGAUCAAGUCUUAACUUUUGAAGAGCUGACGACACUUUUCGUACAAAUCGAAGCCAUUUUAAAUUCGAGACCGUUGUGUCCCGUAAGUGCUGAUCCCAGCGAUCUGUCAGCAUUGACACCAGGUCAUUUCUUAACGUUAGAACCGUUAACAGCGGUCCCCGAUGAAGAUCUUUCUUCCAUUAACAUUAAUCGGCUUCAUCGGUGGCAGUUGUUGCAAUCUUUCCAUCAGAAUUUCUGGUCCAGAUGGAAACACGAAUACCUUAACUCUUUAACGCAACGCGCUAAAUGGACAAAAGAUUCAAAACCAUUAGCUGUAGGAUCGAUGGUCAUCAUUAAGGAUGACAAUCGAGCGCCGUUACACUGGACCCUCGGUAGGGUACAGCAGCUCAUUGCUGGAGCUGACGGAAUCGUUAGAAUCGCCAUGGUUAAAACUGCAACCAAUAACUUGAUUCAGCGUCCAUUGGUUAAGUUAUGCCCUCUGCCAAUCGAGGCCUAACUUAAUUUCAAUCUCGUAUCGUAUUCGUAUCAUAUCGUUUUUCGUAAACUUAGUUUUAGUUUUAUCAAUAGUUUAUCGUAUAUAUCGUUUAUCAGUCUUAGCGUUAGUUAUUAACCAGAAAAUACCAUAGAUAUUUUGGUGGGCGGGAUGUUCCGUCAUCGUAACUUUUCGUUUAAUUUUCAUAAUAAUCGCGGGUAUCGAUGUCUCUGCAUAAGUAUCAAUGUAGUGACAAAACGCAGUCAAACUAGG